AUGAAAGAGAAGGAUCCUGCAAAGCUAACGAGGAUGGAAGGGGGAAGAUGGACGGUUGACCUGGUCCGGCUGUCUCCUGCAUCCCUCCCCACAACCUCUGAGCGUUCCCUCCCAGGGACCUCCGAGAGAUCUGGUGAGUUCCAGGAGAGUGGAGAUGGGGACAUGGAGGGAUGGAGCCGGAGAGGAAUUGGGGCUUGCUCAGGUUGGGGGUGGGAGGAAGCAGGCAGAUGGAGAUGGAGAAGGGGAGCACCUUUUUGGGCUCCCCCACCUGCCUGCCUGCCUGCCUGCCUGCCUGCGCCUUUGCCGUCUGCAGGGAAUUUGAGCUAGGAAUAGAUCACAGCUCCCCGGCCACUGCGAUGUAUUGGCAGCUCAAAAGGUCUAAAACCAGUUCUGUGAUCUGAAUGCCCUACCAAUUUCAGACAACUCACUGAUCCAUCACGCAGCACUGGACUCCUUAAAGGAACCUGAUCCUGCUGUGCAGUGUGAACUCAGAUGGGGCCUCCGUGUGUUGCCUUUUUCUCUUCUUUUUGUAUAACUUUUAUUAGCUUUAUAAAACAAGGAAGAUAGGAAUAAUAAAUGAUACAAAUAUGUAGGCCGAGCCUGUAUAUCUCAAACAUAGCAGAAUAAAUUUGCAGGAGUAUCUAUAACAUAUAGUUCAUCAUUAGUGGUCAGUGUAUGAGUUCUGGGUGCAUGAAUUGCUUUCAACUGAAACAAAAAAGGGGAAACAGGAGAGAACAGAGAACAUUCAAGAUCGCAGAGCCAAAUGCCUAGACUGGAGCUCUUGUGGCCGUUGUGCUUAGAUUAAGUGAGUAAUAGUCAUUUUUCCUCUUCUGUUACCAAUGAAACAAGACAGAGUUGGUCUUAUCAUGAAAAUGGGAGGGGGGGGUUCAAAGUGAAGAAAGAGAUUUACGUAUAAAUUUAAAUAUUUUCCUGUUUUAAUUUUUUUUAAUUAUUAUUAUUUUUAUUGGUUUUCACAUAUUACUUUACAAUACAGAUGUACCAAAGCCAACACCAUUUCCUCCCCAUCCCCCCAUACAUUUACAUUUCUAUUUCCUCAAUCCAUCAUAUUAUCCUUUUCUCCCUCCUCCCACUUCCCUCCGCCCCCACUGGAUUUCCUCCACAUUAUACAAUUUACAAUAAUCUUUGCAUUCUACAACCUUCUCAAAUCAUCUUCAUAUUCUUAUUAUCUUUCCUUACUAAUUUUCUUCCAUCCAGUACUUCACAUUUUAAUCUAGGCAUAUUAGCGUAUCUUUCCUUGAGCAAUAUUUUGCCAUAUAUUCAUCAAAACAUUUCCACUUGGUUGUCAAGUCUCUGCUUAAAGACCUCCAAAGAAGGAGACUCCACCACACUCCUUGGCAGCAAAUUCCACUGUCAAACAGCUCUUACUGUCAGGAAGUUCUUCCUAAUGUUUAGGUGGAAUCUUCUUUCUUGUAGUUUGGAUCCAUUGCUCCGUGUCCGCUUCUCUGGAGCAGCAGAAAACAACCUUUCUCCCUCCUCUAUGUGACAUCCUUUUAUAUAUUUGAACAUGGCUAUCAUAUGACCCCUUAACCUCCUCUUCUCCAGGCUAAACAUGCCCAGCUCCCUUAGCCGUUCCUCAUAAGGCAUCGUUUCCAGGCCUUUGACCAUUUAGUUGACAAAGAUUCUGCAGGUGACAAUCCUGACUAGUCAGCUGACCUAGACCCCAAGGAACCCCCUAACUCAAAGACCCUGGGGUCUUUGCAGUUGAGGAAUCUAGGGAAGGACCUUACUGACAGAACUGAAAAGAAUUGUUUACAUGCCUUCUGUGCUCUGCCAUAAGAAGCCCAGAAUGAAAUACUCUCAGAUUUGACCUCUGACGUUCCUGCCUAAUAAGUUUGAAGAAGGAACACAAGGGCUCAUGCAAGUAGAACUUGACCCUUUGUGCUCCAGAUCCAGCCCACCAGAUAUUCCAGCAUGAGUUGAAUUUAUGGGCUGAAAAGCCACCUCCUCCCACCAGCAGGUUAAUGAACCCUCUUUCCUACCAAUUGGAGAUGAAGAGCUUCCCCAAAGAUUUGGUCCACAUGCAAGAGGCAAAUAUGGCCAAAACACCUGCCUGGCUUGCAAUGAGAGAGCUCAAAGAGCGUCAACAGGGCUCUUCAUACAAAGAACCAAGCAUGCAGGCACCUACAAUACAUGUACAGAGGUACCUCAGGUUCCAUACGCUUCAGGUUACAGACUCCGUGAACCCAGAAAUAGUGCUUCAGGUUAAGAACUUUGCUUCAGGGUGAGAACAGAAAUUGUGCUCCAGCGGCACAGUGGCAGCAGGAGGCCCCAUUAGCUAAAGUGGUGCUUCAGGUUAAGAACAGUUUCAGGUUAAGUACGGAUCUCUGGAACGAAUUAAGUACUUAACCUGAGGUACCACUGUAAUAGCUACUGUGCUAUUUUCUGCCCAUGCUCUGGGGUUGCAGUUUUCAGGCUUGGGGACAGGGUGGUGACUGGUUUUUGCACCAAGUUCUGUCCAUAAGCCCCACUGAGUUCAAGGGUUCCACCUUGAGGUCACUACUGGACAGACCCUGCCAGCCUUACGAAGUCGGGUGAUUAGCAAACAGGGGAAACUGGAACGACAGGAGAUGUUUCGAAAUGGGGCUUCUGUUGGGAAGGGGCUGCCCCAUUUGUGCUUCUCCAGGGGCAGGAGAAUAUCUAGGGCAGGAGAAUCCCUGCAGGGCCUCUGAGGCUCCCUUUGCUUCUUCCUCUCUCCCAGGACCCUGCAGCUUCUUUUGGCUCCUUAACUCCUCAGGAAGGAUGAGUGAGACGGAUCCUGUCAAGCUAGAGGAGAUGGAAGAGGGAAGAUGGACGCAUGACCUGGUCCGGCUGUCUCCUGCAUCCCUCCCCACAACCUCUGAGCACUCCCUCCCAGGGACCUCCGAGAGAUCUGGUGAGUCCCAGGAGAGUGGAGAUGGGGACCUGGAUGGAUGGAGCCAGAGAGGAAUUGGGGCUUGCUCAGGUUGGGGGUGGGGGAGGCAGGCAGGCGGAUGGAGAUGGAGAAGGGAGCACCUUUUGGGCUCCCCACCUGCCUGCCUGCCUGCCUGCCUGCCUGCCUGCGCCUUUGUCAUCUGCAGGCAAUUUGAGCUAGGAAUAGAUCACAGCUCCCCGGCCACCGCGAUGUAUUGGCAGCUCAAAAGGUCUAAAACCAGUUCUGUGAUCUGAAUGCCCUACCAAUGUCAGACAACUCACUGAUCCAUCGUGCAGCACUGGACUCCUUAAGGGAACCUGAUCCUGCUGUGCAGUGUGAACUCAGAUGGGGCCUCCGUGUGUUGCCUUUUUCUCUUCUUUUUGUAUAACUUUUAUUAACUUUAUAAAAUAAGGAAGAUAGGAAUAAUAGAUGAUACAAAUAUGUAGGCUGAGUCUGUAUAUCUCAAACAUAGCAGAAUAAAUUUGCAGGAGUAUCUAUAACAUAUAGUUCAUCAUUAGUGGUCAGUGUAUGAGUUCUGGGUGCAUGAAUUGCUUUCAACUGAAACAAAAAAUGGGGAAUCAGGAGAGAACAGAGAACAUUCAAGAUCGCAGAGCCAAAUGCCUAGACUGGAGCUCUUGUGGCCGUUGUGCUUAGAUUAAGUGAGUAAUAGUCAUUUUUCCUCUUCUGUUACCAAUGAAACAAGACAGAGUUGGUCUUAUCAUGAAAAUGGGAGGGGGGGGUUCAAAGUGAAGAAAGAGAUUUACGUAUAAAUUUAAAUAUUUUCCUGUUUUAAUUUUUUUAAAUUAUUAUUAUUUUUAAUGGUUUUCACAUAUUACUUUACAAUACAGAUGUACCAAAGCCAACACCAUUUCCUCCCCAUCCCCCCAUACAUUUACAUUUCUAUUUCCUCAAUCCAUCAUAUUAUCCUUUUCUCCCUCCUCCCACUUCCCUCCGCCCCCACUGGAUUUCCUCCACAUUAUACAAUUUACAAUAAUCUUUGCAUUCUACAAGCUUCUCAAAUCAUCUUCAUAUUCUUAUUAUCUUUCCUUACUAAAUUUUCUUCCAUCCAGUACUUCACAUUUUAAUCUAGGCAUAUUAGCGUAUCUUUCCUUGAGCAAUAUUUUGCCAUAUAUUCAUCAAAACAUUUCCACUUGGUUGUCAAGUCUCUGCUUAAAGACCUCCAAAGAAGGAGACUCCACCACACUCCUUGGCAGCAAAUUCCACUGUCAAACAGCUCUUACUGUCAGGAAGUUCUUCCUAAUGUUUAGGUGGAAUCUUCUUUCUUGUAGUUUGGAUCCAUUUCUUCUUAUAGCAGUUAAUUUUGCCCGAAUUAAAUAUUCAUUUAGUUUACAAAUCCAUUCCUCCUUUGUGGGUAUAGUUUGUGACUUCCACCGAGCAGCAAUCACUAUUCUAGCAGCUGCACUUGUGGAAUGUAAUGGCGUCUGCCACACUUUCCUGUGCCAACUCUCCGUGCCAACUGUGAGCCUGAAGCUGUCUUCCUGGCUCCAAGCCGAGUUUUGCAGCAGCGGUCGUGCCUUGGGUGGGUGAUAAAUCCAAGGCUGUACGCAGGCUUCUUGCUCAUCUAAGAAGUCUUUAAUCAUUGUACGGAAAAACAUCAUAAAUCAACCUGGAGAUCGAGCAGACAUCUCCUCGGCUCGACAGCUAAAAACGAAAGUAACUCGCACACAAAGAAAGAUUCCCGUAUGUGAACAAAACCACGCCUCAGAAUGUGAGAUGUCACACAGAACUGUUUAACCCUGUAAAUUCUGAUUCUCCUCACAGUACUUGCGUAUAGAAAAAUUCUUCCCCCCCCCCCCCCGUGGUAUCUCUUCAUCUAUCACUCCAAGAAGAUAUGUCUCUGGUUUCUUUGUUAUUGAUAUUUUCCACAUCUUCUUUAGUUCUUCGUGUACUACUAUCCAAAAUUUCUUAAUUUCCUCACACCUCCACCACAUAUGUAUUGUUGUUCCUAUUUUUCCACCACAUCUCCAACAGAGGUUGGAUUUCAAUUUGUAUGUCUUUGCCAGCUUAACUGGCGUUAAGUACCACCUAUAGAACAUCUUUACAAAAUGUUCUUUAAUUGUAUAUGAGGCAGUAAAUCGUAUAUCCUCUCGCCAGAGUUUCUCCCAUUGCUCUAGAUAGAUAGUAUGUCCAAGAUCCUGAGACCAUUUAAUCAUCGUUUCUUUCACUUCUUCCUCCAUCAAUUCCCAGUCCAGUAAAAGAUUAUAGGUUUUGGAUAACAAUUUCUUGUUGUUCUUUAUCACUGUGACUUUAAAUUUCAAAUCUUCUUUUGCAAAUCCUUUCUUUUGAUCCGAGUUGAAUAUACUUCUAAGUUGUAUAUAUUGCCAUCUGUCAAUUUAAAUUUUGACUUACCAGAUUGAAAUAACUUCUGAUGGGGAGUGUUCAGGUGAAGAUGUUGCUGUUUGUUUCACAGACAAGGCGUGGACGUUGCUGGAUCUUGACCAGAAAGCUCAGCAUAAAGAGGUCAAGGAGGAGAAUCGUGGGAUCAUGGACUCUCUUGGUAAGGCUCCCUGUUGGAUCAUAACAUGUUGUGAUUGCAGAUGGAGUGGAUUCCAUGACUGAGCCAGAACAAAAUCCAUCCCAGAUAAAAGCCAAGCAAUAUCUCAGUUAAUACCAGCCAACUAAGGAAGUGAAACCUAUAGGACGGCCUCACAUCUCAUUCUCUUCAGAUCUUCCUCUGUCACAAGCAUUCAUUAACAUUGUUCAAUAAUCUGGAGCUCCCAUUUCCUCCUGAGACUCUAAUUAGCAUCUCUCUUCAUUGCAGGUGGUGAUGACUUAGAAGGGAAGAACAAGGGAGAGCACAACAGAAUCCAGAUAGCGGAGAAGUCAUAUAAAUAUUCAGAGUGUGGAGAGAACAUCCGUCAGAGCUCCCAGUCCAACUCCCAUCAAAGAAAGAGCUUCAUUCGAAGGAAUAGCCUCACUUCACACGAAAUAACACAGAGUAGGGAGAAAUCGUAUCAGUGCUUGGAGUGUGGAAAGAGCUUCAGCCAGAGGGCCCAUCUCACUUCUCAUCAAAGAAUUCAUACAGGGGAGAAGCCCUAUCAGUGCUUGGAAUGUGGAAAGAGCUUCAAUCGAAAGAAUAAUUUCACUGUGCAUCAAAGAAUUCAUACAGGGGAGAAACCAUAUCAGUGCUUGGAGUGUGGAAAGAGCUUCAGCCAGAGGGCCCAUCUCACUUCCCAUCAAAGAAUUCAUACAGGGGGAAAACCCUAUCAGUGCUUGGAAUGUGGAAAGAGCUUCAAUCGAAAGGGUCAUCUCACUUCCCAUCAAAGAAUUCAUACAGGGGAAAAACCCUAUCAGUGCUUGGAAUGUGGAAAGAGCUUCUGUCAAAGGGCGACGCUCACUUCCCAUCAACAAAUACAUACAGGGAGAAACCCUAUCAGUGCUUGGAAUGUGGAAAAUGCUUCAGUCAUAGCACCGGUCUCACUUCCCACCGAAGAAUUCAUACAGGGGAGAAACCCUAUCAGUGCUUCGAAUGUGGGAAAAGCUUCAGUGAAAGAGCCAAUCUCACUUCCCAUCAAAGAAUUCAUAAAGGGGAGAAACCCUAUCAGUGCUUCGAAUGUGGGAAGAGCUUUCGUGUGA